CAUACACAGCUCAGGCAGAGGAGAAGACAGGCUCUGGCACUCCUACAGAAGCUAAUGCCAGAGCCUUACUGGCUUGCAAUGGACCUUUAGAGCAUUAUGACUUUCUGAUUAAGCACGAAGGGCUGAAGAAUGAUGAGCAACAAAGAAGAGUUGUGCAGCACCUGCAGAAGUUGCACGACAGCCUUAAAGGCUACAGCAUUGGUUCAAAAAGUCUUUUCUCAAAGCUCUUUGCCAAAAACAAACCCCCAAAAGGGCUUUAUGUCUAUGGAGAUGUUGGUACAGGAAAGACAAUGGUGAUGGACAUGUUCUAUUCUCACUUAGAAGUAGAAAGGAAAAAGAGAGUCCAUUUUCAUGGCUUCAUGCUGGAUGUACACCAGAGAAUACAUCGCCUUAAGCAGAACUUGCCAAAAAGAACAGCAGGAUUUAUGGCCAGAUCCUAUGACCCAAUUGCACCAGUGGCAGAGGAGAUAAGCAGAGAGGCUGCUCUGCUUUGUUUCGAUGAAUUUCAGGUCACUGACAUUGCUGAUGCCAUGAUUCUCAAGCAGCUUUUUGAAAAUCUCUUCCAAAAUGGGGUUGUCGUUGUGGCAACAUCUAACAGGCCGCCAGAAGAUCUCUAUAAAAAUGGUCUUCAGAGAGCUAAUUUUAUACCAUUCAUUGCUGUGCUGAAGGGUAAGCCACACUUGAAAUGUCUCAAUAGAAUAGAAAAAUCCGUCAGAAACUAAAUGGAAACCAAUAGUUGCAGUCUGGGGAGAGAACGAAAAUACUGCAGCACAGUCCAGCUUGAUUCCGGAAUAGACUACAGGAAACGAGUGCUUCCAGCUGCUGGAAAACUUUACUACCUCACAAGUGAAGCUGAUGUGGAGGCUGUCAUGGAUAAGUUGUUUGAUGAGCUGGCUCAGAAACAAAAUGAUUUAACUAGACCAAGGAUUCUAAAAGUGCAAGGCAGAGAGCUGAGGCUGAAUAAAGCGUGUGGAACCAUUGCAGACUUCACGUUUGAAGAGCUGUGUGACAGACCUCUUGGAGCCAGUGACUAUUUGGAAGUAUCAAAGCAUUUUGACACUGUGUUUGUUCGUGACAUACCACUUCUUACAAUAGGUAAAAGGACACAGGCUCGUCGUUUCAUUACUCUUAUUGAUACCUUUUAUGAGCAUAAGGUGCGUAUUAUCUGUUCUGCUGUGACUCCUCUCCAGAGCUUGUUCCUGCUAGAACAAGACAGUGGUGAGCUACAGGACAACAGAGUGUUGAUGGAUGAUUUGGACUUGAGCCAGGAUUCUGCCAAAGGACUCUCCAUGUUCACAGGAGAAGAGGAAGUCUUUGCCUUUCACCGAACUGUCUCACGGCUUACAGAAAUGCAAACUGAACAGUACUGGAAAGAUGGGGACAGAAGCAAAAAAACAUAA